AUGAACAUAUUAUCUCAGGCGCUUGUCAUUAACGAUAUUUUAAUGCGAAGUUGGAGAUGUGUUGUCGGUGGUAGUUGGCCCAGAAUGUUACUUGUUCCUUCGGAUGGGGAUGAGGAUGCAGAUGUUAUUGUUGUUGUUGUUGUUGUUGUCGGUGCUGCUGUUAUUAUUGUUGUAGAAUUCUUCAAAUUUGCUAUUUGCUCAGAAAGAGCAUUUAGUUGCUGUUUGAAUUCAUUAUCACGUUUAUUAAGAGUACCAACACUAGCUGCAGCAAGUGCAAAUGUAAUGAUUCCAAAUACAGCAAUGAUUCCCAGCAUAAUGAAUUGGAGCAUGUUCGGUGAAGCUGCCAUGGUUGUCAACAGGUAUUUUUAUUCUUCAACUGUAUUUCUUCGUGAUACGUAUAGUCUUCUCGAAGUGAAUGUCAGCAACAGGUAUAUCAAUUUAUAUAGUCGAGAUACCGAUGACGGCAUUAAGUAG